AUCACCGAUUGGAACGAGUCGGAACGCCACACGAACAAUCAUCUGGACAGAAAGAGCGGCGCAUAUUCUCAAGAUGUCGGGCGAAAAGCGCUCAGCGGACCAGACAUUUGGCAGCUCGCAGCUGGUGAAGAGACAGAGAUCCAAUGGAGAUAUGAACGGAGCUCUGAUACAGAGCAAUGGCGCGGGAUUUGGCGCAAAAAGCCUUCAGGCGCCUGUCAUGGAACUGAGUGGUCACUCUGGUGAAGUCUUCACAGCUCGAUUCGAUCCUUCUGGCGCUCAUAUCGCAUCUGGAUCUAUGGAUCGGAGCAUCCUGCUCUGGAACACAUCUGGCGAAUGCGAAAACUAUGGUAUUUUGACUGGUCACAAGUCCGCAAUUCUGGAUCUCCAGUGGUCGCGCGAUAGCCAAGUCGUCUACACAGCAAGCGCAGACAAGCAUGUCGCAAGCUACAACGUGGAAACAGGCGAGAGGAUACGAAGACACGUGGGGCAUGAAGAGGUGAUCAACUGCUUGGAUGUAAGCAAACGAGGAGAGGAGUUCUUGGUGACGGGCAGUGAUGAUGGCUCCAUUUCGAUAUGGGAUCCCAGGCAAAAGGCAGCACUGGACUUUAUCGAAACGAGCUUCCCAGUCACUGCGGUAUGCUUGGCCGAGGCGGGGAACGAGCUGUUCAGUGGUGGUAUCGACAAUGAGAUCAAGGUGUGGGAUUUGAGGAUGAAGAAGGUCACCUACGAGUUGACAGGGCACACGGACACCAUCACCAGUCUGGCAAUAUCACCAGAUCAGCAGAGCUUGCUCUCAUAUUCCCACGACUCGACCGUGCGAACAUGGGACGUGAGACCAUUCGCUCCUGCGGACAGGGCGAUCAAGACCUUUGAUGGUGCGCAAGCAGGAUUGGAAAAGAACCUCAUUCGUGCGUGCUGGGAUAGUGAAGGCAAGAGGGUGGCUGCUGGCGGUGGUGAUGGCACGGUGACCAUCUGGAACAGCACAGAUGGGAAGCUCAUGCAUAAGCUGCCCGGCCACAAGGGUACUGUGAAUGAUGUGCGCAUAUCACCGGAUGGAUCCAUGGUCCUUUCCGCAAGUACAGACCGCACAAUGCUACUUGGCGAGCUGCCCCGGUAGCGACGUUGUUCACAACAGAAAUCUCAUUCAGCAAACAAGCACCAUUCACGCAAGCAGAAGCUUCACCUUCGAAUGACUGCGUAUCCGCCUGAGCCAAUAAUGUAGCGUGCCUCGUCGCACCAGCCUAUGAGCGAUAUCCCUAGCGAAGCGCCAUAAUGCGAUCGCUACUCCACAUGAACCAGUCGUGCUCGAGAGAGAGCGGGUUCGCAACUCUACCCACGAAGAAGCAAAACUCAUGACCACGAAAUGAACUUGCUGCGCUGCUACACAAUGCAAGUCGAUCCUUGUCUCAGUGAGCCAACAGUAGGUAGUGAGUGAUACAUGCAGUAGCUAGCUACUGGAAGGUAUAUCGCACGCUCAUUAAUCGUCUGUCGACCG